UAAUACUUCCAACUCUGAACUCUUCUUCACAAAAAUAUCUCAAUUUUCACUCUGGGAUCAUCUUCAAUGGCUGCACUAACUUCAGUUUCAUUGACCCGUGUACCUUUUUCCAUCUCCAACCUUCAAAUUCGAAGAAAUUACAGACGAUUGCCUAUUAUACUUGCAUCAACAUCAUCAUCAGCUAUGCCUUCUCACGAAUCAUCAUCAUCGUCCACAGAAAUUGGAAGUAUAUUAGCCUCACCAAAAGUGCCCUUUGUUGAGUCCUCUAAAACCCAUCAAAAUGGAUUCAUGGCAAAUCCCAAUGGAAACCCACUUGUUAGAUUUUUUCAGCACACUGAGUCUGCCAUUGAAAGGGCUAUAUUUGACUUUCGUUUUCUGGCACUCCUUGCUGUUGGAGGUUCGUUGGCUGGUUCUUUGCUCUGCUUCCUCAAUGGUUGUGUUUACAUUGUUGACGCUUACAAGGUUUAUUGGACGAGCUGUGUCAAAGGAAUUCACACAGGACAGAUGGUUCUACGAUUGGUUGAAGCUAUAGAUGUUUAUCUUGCUGGGACCGUGAUGUUAAUAUUUGGGAUGGGAUUGUAUGGAUUGUUCAUAACUAAUAUCUCUCCUGAUGUGCAUCCAACUGCCGACCGUGCCCUCAAGCAGUCUUCCUUGUUUGGGAUGUUUGCUCUGAAGGAGAGGCCAAAAUGGAUGAAGAUCAGUUCGCUUGAUGAACUAAAAACCAAAGUGGGACAUGUCAUUGUCAUGAUCCUUCUUGUCAAGAUGUUCGAGAGGAGCAAGAUGGUGACUAUAGCGACUGGUACUGAUCUAUUGAGCUACUCGGUGUGUAUUUUCUUGUCUUCUGCUUCCUUGUAUAUUCUUCAUAAUCUGCAUAAGUCAGAAUAACUGUUGACAUGUACCAUAGUGAUAAAUAUGUAUGUAGCCAAGUAAUUAAACUUUUGAAGCUAGCACCAUUUUUUUUUCUAUCUGAAAAUUGUGUGAUUCAGUGUUAA